UUUACUUCUAUGAAUCUUGCCAGUUUUUUUGUCAAGACCUCAGGCAAAGAUGCCUUUGCAUUUUAUAAUUGUUGCUGCCGAAGCAUCUUGUCUCUUUUUUAAACUUCUUAUUCUCCAUCUGUCCUCUUAUUGCAGAUUCCACCAAUUUGAUUCUCCUUAAAACCCCAUUGCAGAUCACUUCAUGCUCUUCAUCUGCAAAAGAGUUCCUUUUUGUUGAGCAACAAGUCAACGGAGGACCGCGAUGGUUUGGUCAAAGGAAGAGUUGAUCUUCUUUGUGAGGAGCUUCUAUGAUGUUCUCCUUGCUGUCCUGGUUUCAGUUGGGUUCAUGUUUUAUUUCUCAGCAAAAGCCAAGAGAACAUCAGGCGAGAGAGACCGAAUUCCCGGUAGAUUGGGAAUACCAUUCGUAGGAGAGACCUUCUCUCUUCUCUCGGCCACCAACAGCACCAAGGGAUGCUAUGAGUUCGUGAGACUCAGGAGACUCUGGCACGGGAAAUGGUUCAAGACGAGGCUAUUUGGGAAGAUCCACGUGUUCAUUCCAAGCACGGAGGGCGCGAAAAUGGUGUUUGCAAACGACUUUGCACAAUUCAACAAGGGGUAUGUGAAGUCCAUGGCUGACGCCGUUGGGAAGAAGAGCUUGCUUUGUGUGCCUCACGAGAGCCACAGAAGGAUAAGGCGCCUUCUGUCCGAUCCUUUCUCCAUACCUUCUUUGUCCAAGUUCGUCACCAAGUUCGACAAGAUGCUGUGCCAGAGAUUGAAGAAGCUAGAAGAACAUGGCAAAAGCUUUGUGGUGCUGGAUUUCAAUAUGAAGAUUGCAUUUGAUGCAAUGUGCAAGAUGCUGAUGAGCGUGACAGAGGAGCCGAUGCUGCAACAGAUAGAGAGGGACUGCACGGACGUGUCCAACGCCAUGCUGUCGUUCCCGGUCAUGAUACCCGGCACUCGAUACUACAAAGGAAUUAAGGCAAGAAGUAGGCUGAUGGAAAGAUUCAGAGAAAUGAUAGAGGAGAGAAGAGGAAGAGGGGAGGGAGGAGCUCCUGAGGACUUCUUGCAGUCGAUGCUGGAGAGAGAUUCAUUGCCUCCUGAAGAGAAGCUGGAUGACUCAGAGAUCAUGGACAAUCUGUUGACUCUGAUCAUUGCUGGGCAAACCACCACUGCAGCUGCCAUGAUGUGGAGUGUCAAGUUCCUGGACGAGAACCCAGAUGUUCAGGAUAGGCUCAGGGAGGAGCAAUUGGCUAUUCUGAGGAAGAAACCACAAGGGGCUGCUCUCACCCUUGAAGAUCUCAACAGCAUGUCAUAUGGCUUAAAGGUGGUUAAAGAGACGCUUAGAAUGUCAAAUGUGCUCCUGUGGUACCCUCGGGUAGCACUCACGGACUGUACUAUCCAAGGUCACAAUAUCAAGAAAGGAUGGCAUGUAAACAUUGAUGCGACUUGCAUUCACUAUGAUCCCAGCAUGUACAAGAAUCCCAUUCAAUUUAACCCUUCGCGAUUUGAUGUAAAUACGCCAUCUUCGACGCCUCUCGUUUCUUUCUCCUGUAAUUUCAUUGAUCAGUAUGUGACAGACGAGCAUUUCAAAUCUCUGACCACAGUUUUACAUGCUACAAAUCUUCAGGAAAUGCAAAAACCAUACAGUUUCAUACCUUUCGGGUCCGGACCCAGAACAUGCUUGGGAAUGAACAUGGCAAAAGUUACCAUGUUGGCCUUCUUGCACCGAAUGACGAGUGGAUACAGAUGGACAGUUGAUGACCCAGAUACUAGCUUAGAAAAGAAGGCACAUAUUCCAAGGCUGAGGAGUGGCUGCCCCAUAACCCUGAAGGCAAUAUGAUAGCAAAGGAGAAGAAAGAUGGCUCAGCAAAUCCUAGUGGAGAUGUGGAGCAACUAGUGCCUACCAUGUUUUAUCAGCGGAUAGAGCAAGCUGAAGCUCCAUAUUUGAAAAGAAAUAAAACAGUUUGGUGAUAUUUGUUGGUAACAAUCAGUGCAAGCUUAUUCCCUCGACGUGGGCUUUCAUAUCAAUCAAAGGAUCUAAUUUUAGUUCA